AUGUCUUUCCCUGGACAACAAGUGGAGAAACCUAAAGAUGUCUAUGGAAUCAUCUUUGAUGCAGGAAGUACUGGAUCGAGGAUUCAUAUAUUUCAUUUUAUAAGCUAUGGACCAGGUAAACAAAUGACAUUAGUGAAAGACACUUUUAGAGAAGUCAAACCUGGUUUGUCGGCAUAUGCUGCAAAUAUUGAUAAGGCAGCAAAAAGUCUGAUUGGAAUGCUAGAUGAAGCAAAGAUGAUUGUUCCCAUUGACCUGAGGCACUCAUGUCCCAUUGCUUUAAAAGCUACUGCUGGUCUGCGUUUAUUAGGGCCGGAAACUUCAGAGUUUAUUUUGACCAAGGUCCAUGAGCUCUUCAAGACUUAUCCGUUUCUGAUGAUUGAUAACAGCAUAGAAAUUAUGAGUGGCAUAGAUGAAGGUGUCUUCAGUUGGAUCACUGUCAAUUAUAUGCUUGAUUUGCUGGUGAAUAAUCAGCCGACUGUUGUUGCUUUGGAUCUUGGGGGAGGCUCAACCCAACUCACUUUUGUCCCUUUCAAUCCGGCAACAUUAGCACAGGCUCCAGAAAAUUUCAAGAAAAACAUUACUUUGUUCGGAACAAAUUACAAACUUUAUACACACAGUUAUUUGGGUCUUGGCUUGAUGUCUGCUCGUUUCCAGAUGAUGGACAACAUUCCUGGUGAUCCCCCCAAGUUGACCACACCUUGUUUCAACCCUGGCAUCACGGAUACGUUAUCAAAAGAAGGAAUAAAAUAUAUUGUCAGUGCUCGUCCAGACCAUAAUGGAUUUGAACCAUGUUAUUCAAUUGCACAAGGGCUCAUCAAAAAAAAUGUUCAGUUAGUUCCAGAAUUGAAAGAUCAUCGCAUAAUGGCAUUUUCUUAUUUUUAUGACCGUGGUGUGGAUUCACGAUUGAUUGAUCCAGCUGGUGGCAAUGUUACUGUUGGAAAUUUCCUGGAAGCAGCUAAAAAUGUGUGCAGUAAUCAUUUGAAGGAUCAGCCUUAUUUGUGUAUGGACCUGACCUAUAUCUACUCAAUAUUGCAUGACGGAUAUACUCUACCACUUGAAAAGAAUAUACAGUUGACCAAAAAAGUGAAAGGAAUUGAAAUCAGCUGGGCAUUAGGAGCCAUGUUUGAUGUUUUUGCCAAGGCAACAUAUUAUGGCUCUUCCGCCCACCUCUACUCCCCACAGGCUCUUCCGCCCACCUCUACUCCCCACAGGCUCUUCCGCCCACCUCUACUCCCCACACGCUCUUCCCCCCCCCCUCCACCCCCCCACACGCUUCCCCCCACCUCUACUCCCCACAGGCUCUUCCCCUGCCCACCCUCUACUCCCCCCCACAGGCUCUUCCCCCCCACCUCUACUCCCCACAGGCUCUUCCCCCCCCACCUCUACUCCCCACACGCUCUUCCGCCCACCUCUACUCCCCACACGCUCUUCCCCCCCACAUCUCCUCUCUCGCACUCUUCUGCCCACCUCUCUCUCUCUCUCCUCGGGCUCUUCUGCCCACCUCCCUCUCUCUCUUCCCCUGCGCUUCUCUGCCCACCUCUCUCUCUUCCCCUGCGCUCCUCUGCCCACCUCUCCUCCCACGACAACUCUCUUCACUUGUCAUGCCUCCCCUGCCUCCACCACCACCACCAUUUCUGA